AUGGGUCAACUGUUGAUGUGUAUAUCUACGAGCUAUCAAAUCCGUGUUAAUGUCAAGGAGAAAAUCAUCGACGGAUCGCUGCGCGAACCGCGGAUGGUCGAUGGUGAAAUUAACAAUGGCGAUGGCGCAUUGGCCAAGGAACUGUCGGAGCAGGGCAAAGCUCACGGUCGCAAAAUGGAGGAAUUCAAUCGCCAGGCAUCCGAAUUUAUCUUCCGAGAGAACAACGCCAACGGGCGCGUAGAACCCGAUACUAUCGAUCUGCAUGGUCAGUUCGUGGAGGAAGCGGAGGAGAUCCUGGAACAGCGAAUCAAAAUCGUCGGAAAAGGGAAUCACUCUGCCAACCACGUCCAAAAGAUCAAACCCCGUGUCGAACAAGUCUGUCGCGAACUUGGCCUCCAAUAUGCCACCGAAGAGAACGCCGGCCGGAUCCACGUCAACCUUACUGGUGGACCGGCCGAUAUGGCCCAGAGUGGUUAUACCCCGUCUCAUCAGCAGUAUCCCGGCCAACAGCCCCAUCACCAACCACAUCACCAGCAGCAACAACAGCAACAGCAACAGCAACAAGAUCCUGUGGAGCAGAUGGUCAACGCGAUCCUUCCGCGUGUCUUACGCAAGCUGGAAAAGGCCUGCUGCGUGGUCAUGUAG